AUGACAUCUCCCUCUCUUCUCCCUCUCACANCCCCCUCCCUCGCCCUCGCCCUCAUCCGCCGCGUCUCCUCCCUCCGCAAUGGCGUCCCCUUCCCCCAAACCCUCGCCUUCUUCCACUGGUUCCUCUCCUCCCACCCCUCCCCCGACUCCCUCUCCGAGCCCUUCACCGCCAUGAUCGACCUCUCCGGCAAGCUCCGCCACUGCGACCUCGCCCGCCACCUGCUCGACGAAAUGCGCGGCUCAAAAGUCCCAAUUUUGCCUCAAACUUUCGCGGCCCUCAUCCGCCGCUACAUCCGCGCCGGGCUCCCCGAGGACGCCGUCGCCGCGUUCCGCGGCAUGCCGGACUACGGCGUCGCGCCCGACCCCGCCUCCCUCGCGUCGCUCCUCGCCGCGCUCGCCAAGAAGCGGCUCGCCGGCGAAGCCCAGUCCCUGUUCGAUUCGUUCAAAUCGCAGUUCCCGCCCGAUGUGGUUCUCUACUCGGUCCUCGUCCACGCCUGGUGCCGCGCCGCCCGGCUCGAUGAGGCCGAGCGGGUCUUCGCCGAGAUGCGCCAGCUCGGCAUAACCCCUAAUGUGUAUACCUACACCAUCGUGAUCGACGCCAUGUGCAGGGCCGGCCAAUUGCCGCGCGCCCACGAGCUGCUCUGCCAAAUGAUUGACGCUGGUUGCGCGCCCAACACCGCGACAUUCAACAAUUUUAUGCGCGCUCAUGUCAAAGCCGGGCGCGCCGAGCAGGUUCUGCAGGUCCGGAACCAGAUGAAGCAGCUCGGGUGCGAGCCCGACAUUAUAACCUACAACUUCCUCAUCGAGACGCACUGUGGAAAAGGCCAGAAGAACCUCGAUGCCGCCCUUAAAGUCCUCAAUCAGAUGGUGGCUAAAGGGUGCUCGCCGAAUUGCCACUCGUUCAAUCCCAUAUUCCGCUGCUUGCGGAACACUGGAAAUGUGAACGCUGCCCACAAGUUGUAUGAUAGAAUGCGGGAGCUACAUUGCCCGCUGAACACUGUGACGUAUAACCUUCUAAUGCAGCUGUUCAAUGAGGAGAAGUCGAUGGAUAUGGUUGUGAGGAUGAGGAAGGAGAUGGAGGCGGAGGGGGUGGAGCCGAACGUGAACACGUACGCGGCACUGGCGACGGCAUUCUGUGGGAGGGGGAAUUGGAGGAGGGCGUAUGCGACGAUGAGGGAGAUGGUGGGGGAGAAGGGUUUGAAACCGACAAGGCCAGUGUAUGAGAUGGUGUUAGAACUGUUGAGGAAGGCGGGGCAGCUGAGGAAGCAUGAAGAGCUUGUUGAGAUGAUGGUGGAGAGAGGAUUCGUUAGCCGAUCGGAUAACAAUACAAUGUGGUACUAAUUGUAGUUUUCUAUGAUGUUAAUUGUCAUUGCUGUUUGUUGCUCUAAUUAUAACUGAAUUUACAAAUAAAGUUAUUUUUUUGUAACUUAUAGUGCUUCUUUUGGGUUUGGAUGUGUUUGCAAUCCCCCAAAUUGACAUAUGAAUUACUUACAGAGAUAAAACUUAGAAGUUGUGAUGUAAAUAUACUAUUUCGUUGUUAGUGAAAAAUGUGUUUUAA